AUAUACCUACACAGUAAGAGCCUCAUCAUCUCCUUUUCUUUUUAGGUCAUGAAACGCGUACGCACAGAACAGAUUCAGAUGGCAGUGUCCUGCUACCUCAAACGCCGUCAGUAUGUGGACUCGGAAGGUCCCCUAAAACAAGGGCUGAGGCUGUCUCAGACUGCUGAAGAGAUGGCAGCUAAUCUCACAGUCCAAUCUGAAUCUGGUUGUGCCAACGUUGUGUCUGCAGCUCCCUGCCUGGCGGAGCCACAGCAAUAUGAAGUACAAUUUGGACGAUUACGCAAUUUUCUCACAGAUUCAGAUUCUCAGCACAGCCAUGAAGUGAUGCCUCUUCUGUAUCCUCUCUUCGUCUACCUCCAUCUGAACAUGGUCCAGAAUGGCCUAAAAAGCACAGUGGACAGUUUUUACAGCCGCUUCCAUGGCAUGUUCUUGCAGAAUGCCAGCCAGAAGGAUAUCAUUGAGCAGUUGCAGACUACCAUGACUAUUCAAGAUAUCCUGUCCAACUUGAAGCUCCGGGCUUUUCUGGACAACAAGUACGUCAUCCGCCUUCAAGAGGACAGCUACAACUACCUUCUUCGCUACCUCCAAAGUGACAACAACAACGCCCUGUGCAAAAUCCUGACCUUGCACAUUCACCUGGAUGUGCAGCCCGCCAAGAGGACUGACUACCAGCUGUACGCCGGUGGGAGCUCCUCGCGCAACGAGAGCAACGGCCUGGAACCUAGCGACGUGCCGGCUUCCAUUCUGCAGAACGAGGCAGCACUGGAGUUACUGCAGGACAGCAUUAAACGUGUCAGGGAUGGGCCCCCUUCCUUAACAACCAUCUGUUUCUAUGCCUUCUAUAACACAGAGCAGUUGCUCAACACUGCAGAGAUUUCACCAAAUAGCAAGCUGCUUGCUGCUGGGUUUGAUAAUUCGUGUGUGAAGCUGUGGAGCCUGCGUUCCAGGAAGUUAAAAUCUGAGCCCCACCUCGUUGAUGUGUCCCGCAUCCGCCUGGCUUGUGAUAUUCUGGAUGAGGAGGAGGAAGAGGAUGACAGCGCAGGCACAGAAAUGAAGAUCCUGAGAGGACACUGUGGACCUGUGUACAGCACAAGGUUCCUUUCAGACAGUUCAGGACUCUUAUCUUGUUCUGAGGACACGUCCAUCAGAUACUGGGACCUCGGAAGUUUUACAAACACUGUGUUGUACCAAGGGCAUGCCUAUCCUGUCUGGGAUUUGGAUAUUAGCCCCUGCAGCCUGUACUUUGCCAGUGGUUCCCACGAUCGCACUGCAAGGCUCUGGUCAUUUGAUCGGACGUACCCACUGCGAAUAUAUGCAGGCCAUUUGGCAGAUGUAGACUGUGUCAAGUUCCACCCCAAUUCCAACUACUUAGCAACGGGCUCCACGGACAAAACUGUGCGCUUGUGGAGCACUCAGCAAGGCAACACGGUGCGUCUUUUCACCGGGCACCGUGGCCCCGUGCUAGCGCUUGCGUUUUCUCCCAACGGUAAGUACCUGGCAUCAGCAGGUGAAGACCAGCGGCUAAAGCUGUGGGAUUUGGCAUCAGGAACUCUUUACAAAGAACUGAGGGGGCACACGGACAACAUAACCAGCCUUACUUUUAGCCCCGACAGUAGUUUAAUUGCUUCGGCAUCAAUGGACAAUUCAGUCCGGGUCUGGGACAUUCGGAACACUUACUGCAACGCCCCUGCAGAUGGGUCUUCCAGUGAACUGGUUGGUGUAUAUACCGGACAAAUUAGUAAUGUACUGAGUGUACAGUUUAUGGCCUGUAAUCUUCUUCUAGUGACUGGAAUUGCACAAGAAAAUCAGGAACAUUAAUUUUUAUUUUUUUCCUUAGGGAAGUGGGUGGGUGUAUUGAAUGCCAGAGUCCAUUGCAAGCUGAGAUUACUGACUGUGAAACACUUUUCUUCCUUUGCCCCCUUGAAAGGCAUGUUCAGAGUGAUGCAAAUGCUUUAAAAUGUCUUGCCCACAAAAGACCUGUGCUGUUGAAAGGAAUAAGGAAAAAAAGAGGAGUGAUGAAAAUAUGUAUACAUUCUAAUCUUGUACUUGUAGGGAUGGGGAGA